AUGGCCGGUUCUACGGGCCGCGGCUGCCGAGGCAGAGGCCGAGGUGUAGGAUCCCCACCCCCUGAAUGCUCUUCGACGCCGGACUGCUUCCACAUGUUCUUCGAGUUAGUGGUCCUCAUCAAGGAGGACCCUUUUAGUUCAAAAAGGCACCCAGAGAAGUUCGUGCAAUAUCUCGUCAGCCAGGAGCCGGCUAGCGUGCACUUGCAAGAAGCGAGGUGUGGCUUUUGCCGGUGGCCUGUCGAGGUGUUGUUCAACGAGGAAGGUCACAUGUACCUCCACACUGACUGGGAGAAGUUCGCCUGCACCUACAACCUCGAGGUCGGUUGCUUGGUGAACUUCCAGUGGGAAAGCGACAACAAGCUCCGAGUGAAGUUGUUUGAUGACACAUCCUGUCAUAGGCGCUACCACAACGAUAAUAGCAAUGACGGCAACAACGAUGAGCAGAAGCAUGUAGUUUAA